GCUGAGGCGGCCGCGGCUGAGGGGGAUGCGUCGGGCGAUGCGGUGACGGGGCGGUGACCGCGGCGGCCGCCAGACCGACAUGAACUCGCUGGAGCAGGCGGAAGAUCUCAAGGCUUUUGAGAGAAGACUUACUGAAUAUAUUGCUUGCUUACAACCUGCCACAGGACGUUGGAGAAUGAUUCUUAUAGUGGUAUCAGUCUGCACAGCUACUGGUGCGUGGAAUUGGUUAAUAGACCCUGAGACACAAAAGGUGUCCUUCUUUACAUCACUGUGGAAUCAUCCAUUUUUCACAAUUAGCUGUAUCACUCUAAUAGGUUUGUUUUUUGCGGGAAUACACAAGAGAGUGGUAGCGCCUUCGAUUAUAGCAGCCCGAUGUCGAACGGUUUUAGCAGAGUAUAAUAUGUCUUGUGAUGAUACUGGAAAACUCAUUUUGAAGCCUAGGCCUCACGUGCAGUGAACAUCUGCAGGGCAGUGUCCGGAGAUCUCAGAUAGCCUUGUCAUCCAAUAGGGGAUGCAGCACAGAAAGCCAUAACAGGACUCCUUUUCCAGUUGCAUAUGUACAAGUCUUAGCAACUACUGACAAGUGUGCAAUAUUUAUCUUUAUGAUCUCGACCCUUUCUCACAUCAUCUGUGCUUUUGGUACCUUUGAUUACUCGUAUUUCAGUAUUCGUGUCCCUUUAGGACUUCAGGUGCUGCAAAAGGUAUUUGCAGGUGAAGUAUGCGUCUCGCUUACUAAGGGCAACUUAGGAACAGAACCUCAUUGUGUUUUUAUAAUGUACCUUUGCAAGCCGCUGUACAUAGAAAAACCAUUGCCAACGCUAAGCAACAAGAAAAGAUGUUGUGUGGACCUUGGUUCUCCUGCUCCAGUAUUCAAGGCAGACCCACUUGCCAUUCCUCCAGCUCCUUUAUUUUUCAACCCCCUCCUCCUUCCAGCCUGCUGUCCCUUCCAUCCUCCUAAGUUAUUCUCUAGCCAGUAGAUUCUAAAGCAGGAGAUGCAUUGCAUUGCUCUCCAGCGGAAGGAAAACAGAUCCACGUUAACGUUGCAAAGAAUUGUGGGUGUGUCGGAAUGAAAUUUAACUCUUAUAAAGAACCGCGGCCACCGUUGUGGUUCUGCUCGUCCGUUCUACGCUUUCAUUUAGUGUUCGACCACUUAAUAUUUUAAAACCAUUUUAAGAAUUUUUCCAAAGGUCUAGAUUGAAAAGAAUUCAGUUGUAAAUUCUGUACCGCCUGGGAAUUUGUUUGUCACGGUCUUUUAGGUCGUCAGAUUUUAUGCUGUGGUAAACGUGCCAUUACACUAGUAUUGCUGAUGUGUAAUUUAGGAGCCUAAAUUGUCCAAUAAAGGGUUGUACGUGAACGGUGCCACAAAUUAGAGCCUACAAUUCUCCCUGUUUAGAGAGCAAGUGUUAAUGACAUACUGUGUAUGCAUAACAGCCACACAUACUAUAAUAGCCUUUAAAAAUUAAAGUAUUGGAAUUGUUGUUACAACAAUAUUUUAAAGUGCUGGAGGUGCCUUUUUACUUGUUCCGGGAGGGUUUAAAUUGCGUUGGGAUCAUCUUUUUAAUUUCCUUUGACAUGAGCACAGAAGUUUCAGAAACUUCUCAGUAAAAGGCUCUAACAAGGUUUCCAUUCUGCUGCUAUUCAACAUCGAAUGAACCUACUUUGGCUUUCGUAUGGGUACAGUUUUAUCUUAUGAACCGCAGCAAUAAAGCCCUGGACUCCUAAGAAGUCUGAGUGGGUGUUCUAUAAUCCUAUGUUUCUGUAUUAUUUUAUUUUCUGUAAAUUUUGUAGGUAAAUGUGUAUAAAAAUAAAUACUUUCUAUAUAA